AUGUCCAAGAGCACGUUCAACGACUUUCGCAAGGCGAUCGAUUGGAAGAAAGUGCUGAAGAAGGGCUCGAGUACCCCUCAUGGACACCGCCUCUUUCCGAGCAGAACUCCAACACAAGAUUCGGCGUACAACUACCGUGCAGACAAGGGAGCUGAUCUUGGGAACGGGAAAUUUGAGGUCAUCAUUCAGGCGAACAAGAACGCAGAGAACAAGGCUGUUCGUGAUGCUGCCAAUAAGAACAGUCAUGCUAUUCAUGCAAAGGCUGUCGCCGACCCCGCCAAUGAUCCUCAAGGAUCUAAGGUAGACGAGGAACUAUUUGCAGAUUGGGAGGCUAGAAAGAAGUGA